GGGUUUACGACAGUUGUUUCUUCUGGACGUUUCGGUGUGUUUAGUAGGGAAGGUUGCUGGUGUGAGACGACGUUUUGACUGUAAUAAUUAGUAAACGCUUUAUCCUGGUGAGGUUGACGGUGGAUCCAAAGUCUAUCCCGGGAACGCUGGGUACCAGUAACCCCGCCUUCCUGGUGUCACGCCCUCAGAGAUGGACCCGGUUGUGCUGAGUUAUCAGGACAGCUUGCUGAGGCGCUCGGACGUUUCCUUGCUGGAAGGCCCCCACUGGCUCAACGACCAGGUGAUCGGUUUUGCCUUUGAGUACUUCGCUGUGGAACGCUUUAAGAGCCUGGGUGAUGCCGUGGGCUUCAUCAGCCCCGAGGUCACCCAGUUCAUCAAGUGCGCGUCAUGCCAGGAGGAACUCGCUGUCUUCUUGGAGCCACUGAGGCUCGAGUCACGUCGCUGGGUCUUCCUAGCGGUCAAUGAUAACUCUAACCAGGCAGCCGGUGGCUCACACUGGAGCCUGCUGCUUUACCAGCGUGACUCGGGUCAUUUCUCACACUACGACUCGCAGAGCGGAGGCAAUGCCACACACGCUCGGCGCAUCGCCGCCAAGCUCCAGGCUUUCCUCGGCACCGGGACUGACGUGCCCUUUGUGGAAGAGCCAUGCCCCUUGCAGCAGAACAGCUACGACUGCGGCAUGUACGUCAUCUGUAACACCGAGGCGCUGUGCGAAAGCGCUCGAGUCGGAGGCUGCGCUCGACUUCCGUCCAACACCAUCACGCCCACGUAUAUCACCAGGAAGCGGACAGAAUGGCACUCGCUGAUUCAAAGACUAGCAAAGGACUAGAACGAGCUCCAUCUUCAGACAUGUCGCUCACAAAUAAAGUCGGUACUUGCAGCAAUCCGAAUUCAGCUCAACACCAGUCAGUAGUUACAGAUUUAAUCAGCAUGCGUUACUAAUUAGAAGAAACUCAACUACGCAUGUGCUACGCUGAUUCUCUGACCAUUUAUCAGGGUUUACUGUAUUAUCAUUAUGUCAGGAAUAAGGCACUUAGAGUUGUGCGAUUGUAGGAAAAUAAUCAACUAAACUCUGCUUCUGUUUUUAUUUUCCCAGAACAGCACAUUCUCUGAAAAGUUUUAUUCCUCUUAUACCACAGCAAUUUGCCAACCUUGUUGUAAUUAAUUAAAUAAUGACACGUCUUUAUCCGUUUAUACACUCACCGGCCACUUUAUUAGGAAUACCCAUCCACCUGUUCGAUGCAGGUCUCGAAUCAGCCGAUCCCUUGACAGCAGUACGGCGCAUCAAAUCAUACAGAUACAAACCAAGCGCUUCAGUUAACCUUCACAAUGUUCACACAUCAGAACGGGAAAAAUUGCGAUCUCAAAGUGUGACUUUCUUUCACUGUGGCAUGGGUUGGUUUGAGUGAGAAUUUCAGAAACUGCUGAUCUCCUGAGGUUUUCACGCACAAACAACAGUCUUUAGAGUUUACACAGAAUGGUGCGAAAAACAAAAAACAUCGAGUGAGCGAAAGUUUUCUGGGUGGAAACAAACGCCUUGUUGAUAAGAGAGGUCAGAGGAAAAUGGCCAGCUUGGUUCGAGCUUUUUUUUUUGCCAGGAAAGAUAUAGUAACUCGUAGCAACUCUUGACAACCGUGGUGAGCUGAAAAGCAUCUCAGCACGCAACAGGAAAAUAGAAGACCACAGUUGACUUGCUAACUUUAGGACUGCAGUCGUCAUGAACAGUUUUGCACUCAAGUUUCCAUCAGCGAAGAGUUUAUAACGUCAACGAAACUGACUUCAUGUUAAAACUGUUAAUGUUAUAGUCAUGCUGUCUGCUGUUGCCCAAAUGAGGAUGGGUUCCCUUUUGAGUCUGGUUCCUCUCGAGGUUUCUUCCUCAUGUCGUCUGAGGGAGUUUUUCCUUGCCACCGUCGCCACAGGCUUGCUCAUUGGGGAUAGAUUAGGGAUAAAAUUAGCUCAUGUUUUAAGUCGUUCAAAUUCUGUAAAGCUGCUUUGCGACAAUGUUUAUUGUUUAAAAGCGCUAUACAAAUAAACCUGACUUGACUUGACAUUGGGUUCCACUUCUGCAGCCAAGAACAGGAAGCUUAGAAUUCAAGAGCAAGUUUGUAUUAAAGUGGCCGGUGAGUGUAGAUAUGUUGUGGAAUGACUGGAAAACAAGUUCCUGUCCUCAUUUAUAUUAUAGUAGCUUGUACUACAGCGUGGUUGAAUUCUCCAAUCAGAAGGUGAUGAUUGAUUUUUUUCCAGUGUUCCCGAAAAGCUUUCCGUGGUGAGCAGAAUCAGUCAUAUUGUCUGACGUUGGGCAGAUCUACCGUAUGUCAGACAUUUUCAGACCUUGUCAGACAAUUUUAGCUUUGUGUAAAAUGAAUGAAAACAAGCAAGAAAAUCAAGGACCAUUAUUUAUUCCACAACGUCCUAUUCGACAAUGUCCUUUCCAGCACAUUGAAACGGUCAGUUACUGAUGAUAUUUUUUUUUUGUAUCAGUUUAUCAUUGAACACAUCAAAGCUCAUUUCUGAAUUCCUCAAGCAGACGGUUGUUCGUUUCCUCAUCCUGCUCGUCAAAGCUCUCAUAGCCUGCAUCAAGAUCAGAACCAGAAUCCUGCUCAUAACACUCAUCCAAGGUCAGCAAAUAUGGCGCGAAUGCAUUCGGACAGCAUAUCGAUCGAUAACGUAUUUUCUCAAUGAACUAAGUAGGUGGCUGCGAGAAAACUCUGCACCAUUGAUGUGUAUUUAAGGUAUGCGAAACCGCGUAGAGACAUCGAUGCAUGGAGUAUUAGAACUUUGUUUAUUAAGUUCAGGGGCUUCAAAGUUUGGGAGAAUAGCAGGGUACAAAUAAUUUACAGCAGGGUGCAAAAUGGUAAAAUGUCUGCCAGCGGCAGACAUAAUGCACGCAAAGCGUGCAGGGAUGGAUAGAUGGAUGGAUGGAUAGAUAGAUAGAUAGAUAGAUAGAUAGAUAGAUAGAUAGAUAGAUAGAUAGAUAGAUAGAUAGAUAGAUAGAUAGAUAGAUAGAUAGAUAUGCAAGUACGAAUUUUUCAUGGGGCGGGAUGGUUUGGAACAGGCCAUCUAAAAUUGGGAUAACAUUUACCCGGGACGGGUAUUUGAGGCGGGUCGUCUAGCUUAAGCUUGAUUAGCGUUGUUACGCACGCCAGUGUUUCCCACAGAAAUUUUGGAGACUAUGGGGGCAAGCCAUGGGGGAGGCGUGGGGGUUGUUUAAAAUUGAGUGAUAUGUUAAAUAUUAAGUUAUUACUGAAAAACUAUUGAUUAAAAAAAACAGACACUGAGAAAUGGUCCUAUAAACAACUUUACCAAUAUAAAAGAUUACCAGGACUACAAAAAUGCAGAAAAAUAGGCUUUACUUAUCCAAAUGCUCCUGUUGGUUCAAAAGUUAAAGUGCAGAGAACCUCACAGCACAACAUGAAGUUACCUUCAAAUAUAAUAUAAAUGCCUCAGCUUUCAUGUAAGAAAAAAAAACUAUUAAUACUAGUACUGUGUGCAGGCAGUCUCUCCUGAAGACUAAAUUAAACAAUAAUUAUAAACUAAUAAAAUAAAUGGCUCAGGCUUCAUAGAAGAAAAAAAACAAUUUGAACAGAAUCUCACAGUAUGAUGCUGAAGCUGCCUAAACAAUGGAAAAUAAAAUACCAUUUUGGCAAAAACGUUGGCAUCCAUUAAUUUCUUGUAUUAAGUAAAAAACAUAUGUUGCCAGAUACUGCUGACGUUUUACAGCCCAAAAUAUGUUCAAAACCCGCCAAAAUGCACUUAAAACCGCCCAAAUUGGGCGGGAAACCGCGCAAUCUGGCAACACAGGCGGCAGUAAUGGCUGCACUCGUGUCAAGGAUGUAAACACAGUUGACGCGGCAACGGACAUACAUGACAUAGUGGAUGUAAUUUACGUUCACAAUUUUUUUUGCUGUCAGAAAUAUUUAAUAUUAAAUUUUGUGACUCGACUGACAAUAGCCGGCGGCAUAACAAGCCAUAGCCGGCGAUUUGCCGCCGGUGACCGGCUACUUUUGAGACCGCUGAAGUUGCGAUAAAUACGAUAUUUGUGAAUGGUUUUUUUUUUCUCACGUUAAAUUCAGGCAUGUUUUAGAUUUGGAUGUUUAUAUUUGUAAUUACAAUAGCUAUCGGUCAGGUUGACUGACGUUUGUUAAUUACGUAGGACAACUGAAUUUUUCGUCUGUCAUGACUGGUGUCCGACGAUAUUUCGGGAACACCGAUUUUUUGAUCACAGCAGCUCUGACGGUAGUUCCAGCUGUAACAGAAAACAGGUUUUUAAUAAUGUGCUCACUCUGGUAUAUUAUUGUUUCUAUAGUAACAUCUCAUAGAUGGGUAGAAGCUGGGAUGGAUGGAUGGAUGGAUUGAUUUUAUUUAUUGGUUGGUUGAACAUUUAACAAUUUUUUUGAAAGGAGAUACUGUAUGUAUUUAAUAUUUUUACGAACAGAACUUCAGGACAGAGACAUUUGCACUUUUUUUUUUUUUUUUGGUCUCAUUCAAGAGAAGGGGCAGCAUGGUGGUGUAGUGGUUAGCAUUGUCGCCUCAGAGCAAGAAGGUUCUGGGUUCGAGCCCAGUGGCCGACGAGGACCUUUCUGUGCGGCGUUUGCAUGUUCUCCCCGUGUCCCCAAAGACAUGCAGGUUAGGUUAAUUGGUGGCUCUAAAUUGACCAUAGGUGUGAAUGUGAGUGUGAAUGGUUGUGUGUCUCUAUGUACCAGCCCUGCGACGAUCUGGUGACUUGUCCAGGGUGUACCCCGCCUCUCACCCAUAGUCAUUUGGGAUAGGCUCCAGCUUGCCCGCAAUCCUGCACAGGAUAAUGGAUGGAACUUUAAGAGAGAGAAUCACAGGAGAGACUGGUGAAGGAAAGGGGGAAAGUGUGUUUAUACCUGCUGUAAUAUAAGUGUUAACAGGAACUCGCUCCGUUUCCGUAGCCCUCGGCCUCUCGCCUAUUACAUAGCUAGGGUUACAGUGGGGCGCUGGUCCUCUGGUAACCGCGAGAGUUUGACUCCCCACUCGCAUCUGUAUUGCAGCGUGCGUUGCCAGACGGCAGUAGGUACCAUUUUUAUGAUGGUCUUUGGUAUGACCCAACCGUGAGUAGAACUCACGAUCUCCCGAUCGAGAGGCGGACACGCUAGCCAACUCGCGGUACAACAGGAACUCGCUUGGUUCAAAGUUGUUCCAUAAUAUUAAAAAUGUAUUAAGUUUAUUAACUAUUUUUUUAACACAAACAAUUUUUCUUACCCCUUAUUAGCACUAUUUAAUUUUUUUGAAUAGACAUUUUUCAUAAGUUGUUUUUUUUUUUUUUAAUAAAAUAGUUUGGGAGCACUGGCAACCUGAAAUAACCCUCAAUAGCUAAAAAUGCCAGGUUGUCCGCUUUAAGGAAAGUGUUUGCUAUCUAAUGCCGCUUUUCCACUACAAACGCGGCUGAGCCGUGCCGUGCUGAUUCGAGCUGAGUGGGGCUGUUGGAGUUGCAUUUCGACUACACCCGCGCUGAACCGUGCUGGCUGGAAGUGGGUGGACACAUUGGGUGGAGUUAGCGAAAGUGGGUGGACGUCACGUGAUGUCGUUAAGCGGCGCAAACAGUGACAUCAGUGAACUUUUAAGCGGUAGUCUCACGACCCGAAUAGUAAACAAUAAACAUGGAGGACAUGGAGUCGUUAGUGUUGCUGGUCUUGGUGCUGUGUGUGGCUUGUUGUCACCGACAACGCCAACAGAUACUGGCAAGAGCGUAUAGAUGAGGCGAGGCGCAUAAGGCUUCAGAAAUUCUCGUAAUUCCUAAUUAUUAUUCUUCCGGGUUUACGGUGUUUACAGAUCCCAGCGUGCUCGCGGGGCAUGUGUGGGCAUGCGAGGACACUCCUUCUCACCAAUCAGUGCACAGGGGAGUGUCUGCUCACGCCCCCAGCCUCACUCGGCUCGCUUUGGCUCGCUUCAGCCCCACUCCAAAACGGUGCGAGUUUUAGGGGCUAAGCAGGGCUGAAGCGAGCCGAGUCGUGCUGUUUUUUGGUAGUCGAAACGCGAGCCGUGUCGGGCUGAAGUGAGCUGAAAAAGGGUAGUGGAAAAGGGCCAUAAGGUCAGCAUUUACACACUUUUCACAUAAAACACAAAAACGAGACAUACUACGAAGAAAAAAAAAAUCAAAUAAGCUUUGCAAAACAGUGGUAUUAUCUGAAUGUGCAUUCAUGUAAAGAAUGAACUAGUAGCUGUGAAGAAAGUUUUGUUUAAACGGAGAAAAUGAUCCAUAUUUGAUAACAUCGAUACCGUGCCAGACUACGAGGGCUUGGAAAGGAAUAUUAAAUUUUCCGUAAUUUUUCUCGCUUUAGGAAGAUAGUACGACUGUUUUGCAGCAUGCCUUGUGUUACAGGUGUGACUCUUAUCUACUUUAGUGGAAAAAGUUUGGAAUACCGAAGGUAACAAUCAAUAAUGAAAUUUAUACUUAAAAAUGCCAAUGAGGAAGGUGACUAGAUCAUGAAACUUUAAUUAUAUCCAUAGACUUGAAAAGAGGGCUAGAAUGUUGGUCAAAGCUUGAAAAUGAAAUCACAAGGACAGCUUUUUGUAGUUAAAAUCGUAAUUGUUGGCAAAUCACUGUGGUAUGAGCACAACAGCGAUUGUCAUGGCCUGUGUCUUAUUCUGUACUUAAAAUGUACAUUAUGACCCCCAUCAUCAGCCCCUCGCUCCAGGUUCUUCAAAAAUUCUAGAGGGGUCCUACGAGGAACACUUCCUCAUAGAAGUUUGGGUUUUUUUCCCCCACCAUAGAAUGUAAGGGUUCUCCUACAGGUAUAAAACUGAUCAUAUUUUACAGAUGCACAUAUGAUUGUUUGUUGACUGACAAACACUUGCGAGCUUUUCCGUUUCGACAAAUAGGACACGACGGUGCUAAUGUGAGUUUACCAAUCCACAAUGACGCCAAUCUGUGUCAAGUGCAAUCAUCAGACCACACACACACACGGUUUUUAAUUCACACAUCCACAUGAUGGAGGAAACUUGAAAUAACUUCAGCACAAGUGAAUGUAGAAGAUGAAAUGAGAUGAAUGUGACGAGACUUGUUUACGAGACUUUUCGCUCAGGGUUAUUUUAAGCUGAAAAUGAUUGAGAAAGAAUGUGGACCGUUUUAGAAAAAUGUGAGGUUAUUCCUUGUGCUAGUUUCUUACUGGGAGGACAGGGACUGUUCUCAUUUUUAAAACAUUUCCCUGCUGUGAUUGUGUACGUGUGUGAGUGCGAGUAUAUUCAUUUUCAGAGCAGGCACAACGCUUUCUGACCUCACACCAGCCGAUGCAUGACGUUUGGACUUUCUCAUGAUUUUUUUUAUUUCAGUGAGUUGAAUAAGGAUCUGCUUGUUGAGCUCAUACAAUAAAGCAUUUUUUGCAUGUAAAGAAA